AUGCCAGGGGCAGCAUACCAUGCCCUGAUCCGAACCCACCACAUUACCUCCAGGAAGAAGAUUGCCCGGCUCAAAGCUGCUGCAAAACAGUACCAAUGCUACGCCCUGCUUCGGUCAGGGGGCAUUCCUGGCGUCAUGUAUGUUCGUGGCAGCGAGCGAUCGAAUGUCCAGAAAUGGGUUGAUACGGUCCAUGACCUGAGAUAUAAAGACUACCAACUAGCAGCGCCUGUUCAUGCUGCUUUAUCCGAGUUUCAGGGGGGUGGUCUCCCGCAAGACGAUACAAAAGUGGGUUAUCUCGAAGAAGUUGCGACGGUCAAGGAAAUGGCCACCCAUAUGGAGGCGAGGGGGCUUCAGAGUUGGUGGCGCAUCGCCAUGGGCUUCAUACAGGAAUAG